UCCAUUCGGUUUUAAAGUGCGAGUGUGCGCGACGCGCGUACAGUCGCUGUGUUUACACGCAUAUCCCUGGCUGUCCUACAGUUUCCGAUACCAUCGAUUGAUGCUGCAUCUUGUUUUGUGGUGCUUUCCAUCUUUCUGGUUCCGCGACCAAUCCUGCAUUCAUAUUUCAGACGCCCGAUCCCGACUAUAGUACUACAGUACCGGAAUCACCCGUGUUUUGAGACUUCAAACAUAUCCCCUAAUAUUUCAUUAUUUUUGGUGCUGUCUUUUAAUAAUUGGAGAAGUCUGUGGAAAAAUGGCAGAUCCCUCCUCGCUGAUUUCCGGAGGAGACAAUGUGCAUUUGACUACGCAUCCGGAUCACAUGGAAGUGGUGCAGAAUGCGCCCUCGUGGAAGGCCAGCAUGACUCCUUCGGGAGAGUAUGUGAGAGCGCAGUCUGCCUUUCGCCAUUUCGUCACAGCGGAAGGAUCCAGUGGUUUUGUUGCGGAACCGGGACGAUACCAUUUGUAUGUGUCCUUGGCAUGCCCGUGGGCCCACCGGACGCUGAUUGUGCGUAAACUGAAAGGAUUGGAGGAUAUCAUUUCGGUCAAUGUGGUGGAUUGGCUUUUACAAGAAGUGUGGAGCUUUAAUGGACAGCGAGAUGGUUGCACUCCCGAUACUGUUAACAGUUGUGCCACUUUGCGGGACGUUUACCACCUUGCCCAACCAGGAUAUUCUGGGCGCGUCACUGUGCCGGUUCUAUGGGACAAAAAGGAGAAAACUAUUGUGAAUAACGAGAGCUCGGAAAUAAUUCGUAUGUUGAACGUGGAGUUCAAUGCGUUCUGUCAAACUGACGAGCAGCGGAAUCUAGAUUUGUAUCCGGUGGAGUUGCGAGCUGAAAUCGAUGCUAUAAAUGAAUGGAUUUAUCGGGACAUCAACAAUGGUGUGUACAAAUGCGGAUUCGCUCGAUCUCAGGAAGCUUACGAUAACGCGGUUAUCAACCUGUUUGCUGCAUUGGACAAGGUUGAAGUAAUUCUUUCUGAACAUCGCUAUCUCUUGGGAAGCCAGUUAACAGAAGCGGAUAUUCGUCUGUUCACCACCCUUGUCCGAUUCGAUAUGGUUUAUGUGACUCACUUCAAGUGCAAUCGCAAACGCAUCGCGGAUUAUAAAAACUUGUGGGGAUUUGUGCGUGACAUCUACCAGACGGCCGGCAUUGGGGAGACAGUGAACAUGGAGCACAUUGUUAAUCAUUAUUAUCAAAGUCAUCGUACCAUCAAUCCUUUCGGCAUUGUCCCACUGGGCCCGGUUUUGGAUUUCAACGCCGUGCACGAACGCGGCAAGGAACAGAACGUGUAAGGAGGAUUGCCCGGACCCGCGCUUUACAUUUCGCCCACAUGACCCGUUCUUCGUUCUACGUUUUUCUCGUUCCCUUUGUAUUUAUGGCUUCAUAAACAUGCUAAAUCACUGGCUAACCGUUUUAUUUUUUGUGAAUAUUUCUGUGCGAACUGUUUUAAAAAGUUUUUUAGCGUUUUGGGAGCAGGCUGAUUUAUUACAAUUGUGUAUUUGCUUUUCGUCCUUGUGAAUGUGAUAACGAUCUCGUCAGAAUUAUACAACAGCGGUUUAAUUGGCUUGAUUGUUGUUGGACAAAUAAUCCUUUAGAUCCAUGAUUUCGUGCUAGUAAAACCGGUACAGUAUCCCUUUUCCAGAU